GUUAGUUGUAUUUUGUCAGAUUGAUUGCAUUCCAAAGUUGAACCUGAUCUCGUUGGUGCCGACUCAGAUGUCGAUUAUUGCCUGAUGUGAUCCGAUUGAUAAGAUCCUACUCCUAUCCCAUGGUUUGACAAUCACAAUCGGACGGCAAAGUAUCUUUUGAUUAGGGUUUAUUUACCAUCCACAUAAUACUUACCAUAUUACUACGCACUGUCCUUUAUAUAUGUACCCCUGCAGCCAUCAGCCGUCCUUAAUUUACAUCCUUCGUCAAUCGCAUCGGCCAGCAAGCUAGGACGCCAUGGCAGACCAGGAGCCGGAGAGGCCAAGCAAGAAGGCACGCCGGUCGCCACCCGCCAUGGACUCCGGCGGCCUGACGGCGUUCGCGCUCCGCCUGGCCAAGAAGCUCGCCGAGGGAGACGACACCAGGAGCAGCAACAUCGCCUUCUCCCCGCUGUCUCUCUACACCACGCUCAGCCUGGUGGCCGCCGGAGCCCGCGGCAGAACCCUGGAUCAGCUCCUAGGCCUGCUCGGCGCCGCGCCGCCCGACGAGCUUGCGGGGUUCGUGCGUGGCCUCACCGCGGACCUGUCCGGCAACGGUGGGCCGGUCAUCACCUACGCCUACGGUGUGUUUCACCAGAAACACAUGGAGCUCACGCCGGACUUCCUCCGCACCGCCACCGAGUCCUACAACGCUGAGAUACGCGCCGUCGACUUUGCCGAGGGUGAUAGGAAGAAGAUCAGGAAGGAGAUCAACAAGUGGGCGGCGGCCGCGACGAACAAUCUCAUCUCGGAGAUCCUGCCGGAGAGGUCACUGUCCCAACUCUCAAGGUUCGUGCUCACCAACGCCAUCUACUUCAAGGGCGUGUGGGAGACCCGCUUCCCCGAAAAUCUCACCGAGAAGCACGAGUUCCACCGCCUCGGCGACGCCGACCCAGUCGACGUCCCCUUCAUGACCCCGCCGGGAGAAUGCAAGCUCUUCGUCUCACACGGCAAAGGCUUCAAGGUGCUCAAACUCCCGUACAAGGUCGCCACCCCUGCCGCCAUGUCGUCGCGGUACUCCAUGUGCGUCUUUCUCCCGGACGACAACGACGGGCUGCACGCCAUGGUCACCGCUCUGGCGGAGGCGGGCGGUUCUCUGCUCGACCACGUGCCCAAGCACCGCAGCAGCGUGAGGAAGCUGAUGCUGCCCAAGUUCAAGAUGUCAUUCUUCUGCCGCCUCACCAAAGUCCUACAGGGCCUUGGACUCCGUGAUGCGUUCAGCGAGAGUGCGGAUCUCUCCGGCCUCGCGACGAAGAUCGACUGCGACGUGCGCCUGGACGAGGUGUUCCACAAGGCGGUCCUCGAGGUGAACGAGGAAGGCACCGUGGCUGCAGCCUGCACUGCCGUCACUGGACGCGUGAAGCAGACUGCAAGGAGGCCGUUGCAGUUCAUCGCCGACCACCCGUUUGCGUUUUAUAUCGUGGAGGAGGUCUCAGGGUCCGUGGUCUUUGCCGGUCAUGUCCUUGACCCUUCUAGCUCACAGUAGUAAUAAGGAGUAUUUAUGUGUCAAACAACAAUAAUACAUAAGUAGUAGUAGAAAAUAAACUAAACAA